AUGCCGCUCUACGGCCGGCGCUACGAGCGGUCGCCGUCGCCGCGCGGGCCGCCGCGCGACGACCGGCGGCCGCCGCCGCCCCGGCGGCCGCCGCCGCGCGUGCCCGACGUGCGGAGCGUGCACCGGGGGACCGUCGCGCGCAUCCAGCCCUUUGGGUGCUUCGUGCGCAUCGAAGGGUUUGGCGACGGUUUGUGCCACGUCUCCCAGAUGUGCGCCUACCGCGUCGAGGACCCGAAGGACGUCGUCGACGUCGGCGAGGCGGUCCGGGUCAAGGUCGUCGAGCACAAGGACGCGGGCAAGUACUCGCUGUCCAUGAAGGCCGUCGACCAGGCGACGGGCGAGGACCUCGACCCGACGAACGCGGGCUACCAGCCGUCGGGCGGCCCCGGCGGCCGGGGGCGCGACAAGAUCGUCGCCGGCGACGAGCUCGACCCCAUGGAGGCCCAGCGCCGGGGCCUCGCGCCCCAGUCCCAGCGCUUCGCGUCCGGCGGCGACUACGCGCUCGUCGAGGAGGACCGCGCGCCGCCGCCGCCGCCGCCGCCGGACGCGCCGCUGCCGCCCAUGGGCCGCGGCCGCGGCGCGACGAUGCCCGCCUGGAUGUCCCAGCUGCAGGCCGACGUCGGCGGCGCGUCGAAGAAGAAGAAGAAGAAGAAGAAGGACAAGGACAAGAAGAAGAGCAAGAAGAAGGACAAGAAGGCCGCGAAGAAGGCGAAGAAGGCCGCGAAGAAGGAGGCGAAGAAGGACAAGAAGCGCAAGCGCGAGUCCGACGGCUCCGAGAAGAAAUCCAAAAAGAAGAAGAAGGGCUCCUAG